AUGGUUGUGCUUCUGAUUAAUGCUCGAAUAAAGGAGGCUCAAGGAAACUUUCCUUUAAACGUAUCCAAUGCAUGGAAUGGCACAAAACUGAUCAUUAAUGAUACUGGUUUUGAACAAGUUUCUAAGCUAAAAGAAAGUUUUAAAGGUGAUUUCCCAAAGUUAUCAGAUACAGGCGUGCAAGUUACUGCAUCACAAAAUUCACAAUACUCAGAUUUCGAUAAGUUUGUAUGGAAAGCUGAUGUUUUACGUCUUGCAGAAAUAGGGGGUUUUCAACAGGAAACUACAUGUGUAACUGUUGCCACGUUGAAUAAAUUUGAUGUUGGACAAUCUGGAUGGUAUUACGAUGGAUGUGUUGACUGUACAAAAAGUGUGACUUUGAGGGAUGGAAAGCUUGAGUGUUAUGCAAAACAUAUAAGUCCUUCUCCCGUGCCCAGGUUUAAACUGGAAAUAUUGGCUGUUGACGGUAAAUGCACUACUAAGUUCAUUUUUUGGGACGUCGACUGUGUUAAGUUGGUAGGGAAAUCCGCUGCUGAGAUUAUAAAUGGUCUAAAAAGGACUGGGGAGUAUGAUCCGCUUGAAUUCCCUUACGAACUUGAUUCAAUAUUGAAGCGUGAGUUGGCCAUCAGAGCUGUAUUCCAGCCCAAAAAUGGACGCCUUUCUGUGAUUGGUUUCAGAGAUGAUCCGGAAACCCGUAAUAGAGUUAAGGACAAUUUUAGAGCUGAAGAGGAACCUCUUUCUGUCUCAACUGAUUAUGAUCCAUCUGCCUCAAAUACUAAUCUUACCCCUUCUAAGAGAAUUUUGAGCGAAGCUGUUGAGGAAAUUGAAGGUGUCCAGCUUUCGUCGACGAAGUUAAUUAAAGAUAUCAAGAAGGAAGAGUAG